AUGGCAGAACUCCAAGUCGGUAAUUUUGUUUUAAGCAAUGUCAAGAAUAACCGUGUUGAGUUUUCUGAAAUUUAUUUGAUAUCUCAUCUGGGACAUUACGACUAUUCUCUUGAUAUGGUAAAAAUCGAAUUCACGAAUCCUGAUGGAUGUAAAGGCCAUAUUCGUACGACAUCUACACAUUGCAUUUUCAGUAGCGAUUUAUCAAUUCUAUACGCUUGUGAUGUGGUGCCGGGCGAGACCAAAAUCCUAGUUUUGGAUAAAAUAAAUGAACUUAUUCCUGUUACUGUUGAUAAUCACAUGGCGUUCGCACCAAUUCGAUUAUGGACUAAAGUAUUUCCUUCUACCCAUCGUCAAGAAGAACUUCACCCAUACGUGCAAAUCCUUGAAACCGCCUAUGUCACUUGGUGCAAAGGAAUUAAAAUGAUUUGA